AUGGCGCAAUCUGCCCAACUUCAGACACCUGGGCCCGAGGCGGGAGGUAGCGCCGGCGACGAGAAGGCGGCCAACUGGAACACCAAGAAGUUCCGGGAGGAGUACGAAUCCUUCAAGGCCAAACUCGUCGAUCAGCGCUUCGAUCCGAAGCACUAUCCAGACCCGCUGGGCCCCAGGAAGACUUCUGACGUUCGCAAUAACCCAAAGAGUUCGAAUCCGGAGUUUGAGAGGAAGAUUGAUCAGAUCAUCGCCGAGUACAAGGCAUGA